UCUGCAGUUCUUAGUAUAACGCUAACAUACUCUGCUAGCUUUAAAACGUGUCGACGAAAUAUAUAGGAGAAGGUUCAAAAGGGACAUUAUAACAAUUGCGUCAAGCUUUAUUAAAAAAACGUCGUAGUUAUUGGCUUAGUUAUUAGCUGCUGAACGUCAUAUUAGCGGAGGGCUGAUGACAGCAGGCUAACGUGCUAGCAGUAAACGUGCGUCGUGCUAACAUUAUUUUCUCUAAUUAGUUAAUUUAUGGGACUUUACCAUGUCGUUGGCAUAAUGAAAGUCAAUACUAACAGUUAUGUAUAACGACAUAUAAAAGUGACGUAAGUAGCUCCGUUAAACGACGUGCGUGAGAGUGGAGACAUGAACAUGCCGCUCGGGAGGAACGGGUUCAUAGGGCUCGCUGUGGGAGCUACAGCCGGCUUGGGUUUGAUUGCCUUCAUCAUUUACAAAGAGAUCAGCAAGAGAAGAUGCCAGAGUUUGGUGAUGGAGGCCAGGCCAGCCGCCUGCCUGUUUGACGGGGCUGAUGGAGCCGCGCUGCUGCGGGAGACGCUGGGUGCAGAAGAGGCGGAGGCCCAGCAGCAGGCUCUGGCGGCGGUGGAGGCUGUGGUGCAGGGCCUGUCCCCGGAGCAGCAGCUGGAGCUCAGGAACCAGCUGGACCAGGUGCUGACCUGCGUGUCCUCGCUGCGCUCAGAGGUGGCCGAGCUGAGGGGGGGCCUGCAGGACAUCGCCCUGCAGAUCAUCCAGGAUGUCAAAAAGGGAGUAGAGGACAGCCAGCGGGUACGCAGGCGCCGUCACAUCCAUCGAGAACGCACCGACUCCAACAGCUCCAGCUCCAUCUACUUCACUGCCAGCCAGGGUGUGGCCAGCGCGUAUGAAGAGACCAGUGAAGGAGGGUACUCCACAGCCUACGCUGAGUCUGACUACACUGACCGAGACACUGACAAAGAGGAGGGAGAGAAAGAGCCUGAACAGGAGUCUGAGGAAGAGGAAGACCAGAGCUGCGCUACCGUCCUCACCCUCCGCCAGGAAGACUCCCAGGAAGAGGAGGUGGAGGAGGAGAGGGGGCUGGAAGAAGAGGAUGAGGAUGAGGAUGAAGAGGAGGGGAGGCUGCAGCUGGUGACUGAAGUUCCCAGUGGGGAGCUGGCUCUCCUCCUGGCACAGAGUGACAUCCUCCACACAGGAGACGCCAGCUUAAAAGCAGAGGGCUUUCAACUGCUGCUGGAAAACAGAGCAGAGUAUGGAGACAGCAGAGAGUUUCUAUGGCGAAUGGCUCGGGCCUACAGUGAUAUGUACGAGUCUGCAAAGGACAAACAAGAGAAGAAGAACUACGCACAACAAGGUCGAGAGGAGGCAGAGCUGGCCCUGAAGAAGAACGGCCUCAGCGCCGAGUGUCACAAAUGGUUCGCCGUGUUGACAGGACUGACCUCCCAGCAUGACAGCAUGCACAGCAAACUGAAGAGCAGCCACAUUCUGAAGGAACAUCUGGACCGUGCCAUCGCCCUCAGAGAUGAUGACCCCAUGUGUUUCUACCUGCUGGGCAGAUGGUGUUAUGAGGUGACCACACUUGAUUGGCUGGAGAAGAAGGCUGCUGCUGCUCUCUACCAGAGCCCCCCCAAUUCUACCCUGCAUGACGCCCUGGAGAACUUCCUCAAGGCAGAAGAACUCAGUCCAGGUUUCUCCAAGACUGUAAGAUUUUACAUUGCAAAGUGUCAUCAGGAGCUAGGGAACAUCUCUGAGGCAACAAAUUGGACGGAGCUGGCUCUGAAGAUGCCCUCUAACACCAAUGACGAUGAAGAAACGAGAAAACUGGAGGCUCAGCUCCGCGUCUUAACUGGCAAAAAAAUUUGAACUUAUUUUCUAGUGGGAUUCACGACGAAAGCACUCAGCCGAUGCCACCGAUUGGCCAUGUCAAUGCUGCCCAUCUCUGAUCAUCCAAUCAGACAAGUACUACAAUUGUGGCACACUAAUAUCUUUUCCCUUCACUGGUGAAUAUCUUUGUUAUACUGUCACUGUGAAAUGAUAUUGAGUUUAUUAAUAUUUAUUUAUUUUGCAGACUUUCAAAUGGCUUAACUGAGUCACUAAGGAAUAUAUAUUGUAUAUCUAACUUUUUUUAAUUGUUUGUUUGUCUUGAACUGAUAAUCAAGUCAUUAAAACACAAGGUGGUUUUAGUUUUUCAGCACAUUUGUCUUAAUUGAACAGGCAUAUUUAAAGGGUCAGUUCAACCAAAUAAUUACACGUGGAUUCUACUAUAGUGUGUGGUUUUAUUUGUGCAGGUUUCGCCUUCACCCUAAAUACACUAGAGGUGGAUGGGAAUGAGUUUGUGCUAUUUGAGUAAUAGAUAUAUUUCUACUCAGCUCUAAUUGAGGCGGAGACAGAUAUCUCUGCGUCUAGAGAAAGAUGGUAAGAGAUGUGUUCAUGGUCAUUUGGGAGGAUCAGUCCAGUUACUGUAAUUAGUCGCACUGUCAGAAGAACAUAUCAAUGAAUUUAAGGGAGCAGAAGGUUGUCUAAGAGGAGAUUCAACCUACAAUGAGGGGGGGGUGGGACUUAGGAAUUUUACAUUGUGUGUGUAAUGUUAUUUAUGCAGGAAAUAUGUUGGACUGUGUUGGAACGUGGAGCAUGUAGUCCAGUUUGAUCAGGAAUGUGAGAAGAGCUUUAAGGGAGGUGAAAGAGGGAGUAGAGAACUUCACCUUCAUUCUGCCGGAGAUAAAUGACGCUUCAUUUGAUGUAGAUGUAGUGUUUUGAUCAAAAUAAGUCUUCAAAUGUAUUUAUUUUUAUUUAAAACUAUAAAUCAUGUCAUUUCCCCUAUAGAUUAGGAAACUGUAGUGGAGCACACACAGUACACUGACAAUGUAAGGAGAUUUCUGAUUGGUUGUGACUGACGUGUUCAAAUGUUCCUGUACUUUUUCCUUUGAGUGUGUUUUGCUGCCUUCUGAUAUUUGAGUGUUUUUACAUUCCUGUUAUUUUCUGAAGUGAAAGCUGAGAUACAGUUUGUUAGAUUACUUUAACGGCACUUUGUUUUCUCCAUUUAAUUUAUUGUGUUGAUUUUAUUUGAGCUCACUGCUUUAAGAUAAGUGUUCCUGUCAGUGGAUAUCAUGUUUUAUGAAAAUGAUGGCAUUCCCUAAUUAUUCUGAUCCUAUGAUGAAAAGUGAAUAUGCACUAAAGUG